GCAGUGCAGUGUAUUAAUGUAAAAAUAUGCUUAGACAACAUAACUUGUCAGAGAGGAUUAUUUCUACUUAGUGGAUCUGCAGGAGCCCCUUUGCUCUCCCAUUCAGAAUUUGACUAGAGAAGAGAGUGGGGAGAGAAGGAAAGGGAGAGAGAGGGAGGGAGAGAGACGGGGAGCGCACAUUAGUGAACAGCUACUGUGGCAUUGAUGUUGGAGCGCACUUCUGAACUGGCUUUUGUUGAGACUAUCAGUGUAUCUGUGCAGAAAGCAUGCGCUGUCCCAAAUCCGCUGUUACUAUGAGAAAUGAAGAGCUGCUUUUAAGUAACGGCACAGCCAACAAGAUGAACGGCGCUUUGGAUCACUCAGACCAACCAGACCCAGAUGCCAUUAAGAUGUUUGUCGGACAGAUCCCCCGGUCCUGGUCGGAAAAGGAGCUGAAAGAACUUUUUGAGCCUUACGGAGCUGUCUACCAGAUCAACGUCCUCCGGGACCGGAGUCAGAACCCUCCCCAGAGUAAAGGUUGUUGUUUCGUAACAUUUUAUACAAGAAAAGCUGCACUUGAGGCCCAGAAUGCACUGCACAAUAUUAAAACUUUACCUGGGAUGCAUCAUCCCAUUCAGAUGAAACCUGCAGAUAGUGAAAAAUCAAACGCCGUGGAAGACAGAAAAUUGUUCAUAGGAAUGGUUUCGAAGAAAUGUAAUGAGAACGAUAUCCGGGUGAUGUUCUCUCCAUUUGGCCAGAUAGAAGAAUGCCGGAUCCUCCGGGGACCUGACGGGCUGAGUCGAGGCUGUGCGUUUGUCACAUUUUCUACAAGGGCAAUGGCACAGAAUGCAAUCAAAGCCAUGCAUCAGUCUCAGACCAUGGAGGGCUGCUCUUCACCGAUUGUGGUGAAGUUCGCUGACACUCAGAAGGACAAGGAGCAAAGGCGUCUCCAGCAGCAGCUGGCGCAGCAGAUGCAGCAGCUCAACACUGCCACCUGGGGGAACCUGACGGGUCUGGGCGGCCUCACCCCGCAGUACCUGGCGCUUCUGCAGCAGGCCACCUCCUCCAGCAACCUGGGUGCAUUCAGUGGCAUUCAGCAAAUGGCUGGCAUGAAUGCUUUACAGUUACAGAACCUGGCAACGCUGGCGGCGGCUGCAGCCGCAGCCCAGACCUCAGCCACUACCACCAAUGCAAAUCCUCUCUCCACCACGAGCAGCGCCCUAGGAGCCCUCACCAGUCCCGUGGCUGCUUCAACCCCCAACUCCACUGCUGGUGCGGCCAUGAAUUCUCUGACCUCUCUCGGGACUCUGCAAGGACUGGCAGGGGCCACUGUCGGACUGAACAACAUUAAUGCACUAGCAGUUGCUCAAAUGCUCUCAGGUAUGGCGGCUCUGAAUGGAGGACUUGGCGCCACGGGCUUGACGAAUGGCACGGCGGGCACCAUGGACGCCCUCACCCAGGCCUACUCAGGGAUCCAGCAGUACGCGGCCGCGGCGCUGCCCACGCUGUACAGCCAGAGCCUGCUGCAGCAGCAGAGCGCGGCCGGCAGCCAGAAGGAAGGUCCAGAGGGUGCAAACCUCUUUAUUUACCACCUUCCACAGGAGUUUGGAGACCAGGACAUCCUGCAGAUGUUCAUGCCUUUUGGAAAUGUUAUCUCUGCUAAAGUCUUCAUUGACAAACAGACCAAUCUGAGCAAGUGCUUUGGUUUUGUUAGCUACGACAAUCCCGUGUCUGCGCAAGCUGCUAUCCAGGCUAUGAAUGGCUUUCAGAUUGGCAUGAAACGCUUGAAGGUCCAGCUGAAGCGCUCCAAAAACGACAGCAAACCUUACUGAUCCUAACCCCAGAGGCUCCCUGCUCUUAUUUUAGCUUUCUUAGGGUAAGUCCCACGAGCCAGCCUGGGCUCAACAGGAAAGGCAGAGGAGGACCACAUUGCCAACUUUUACCAAGAGAGACGGUUAUUUUUACAAUAAGGCCUCCAUCACCCCCUCCCGGGCCCCCUAUCCAGUUCGCCAUAAACUCUGGCUACCUUGUUUCUAUCGAGUAAACUCCUCCUCCACUUGUACCACUGUAUUCUCCUUUGUUUUGCGAUUUGAAUCUCCUUUUACCUUUUUUGUUUUUUGUUUUUUGCUUUUUUUAAAGAAAAACACAUACACAAUAAAUGACAUCUUAACAACUUAAAAGGCAAACAAAGGCUAACGUGCAAUUCUAACUCUGAGACCCACCCCCCUCCCCCUCCCCCACCCUGUGCCCCAGAGCACUGCCUGGAGAAUUCGCCCCUCCUGCCCGCGCCCACCCCGCAGAGGGGCGCCAGCUGUUCAUAGAGGGUAAGGCGGUGGCCUAGCGCGAGAGAAAAGCCAGGAGAAGCACUUAAAAACAAUACAAAAUGUCUUUCCACUACAUUUGGUUUGUUUUAAUAAGUAGGAUUUUAUUUUAGUGUUCAAAGAAACAUGACAUUUAUUGGUCAGAUUAUUACACUGGUUGUCUAUUUUGUUAUUGUUUUAUUUUAGUUUUUAGAAAGGAUUAAUGUAAAAAAAGAUUUAGAGAUCUGUUUCUUAAAGCUACAGGGUUUAAAAAUUAAAAAUGAGUGAAAAUACUUGAUGUUUCUUGAAAGAUAAAUUUAAUAAUAAAUAAGUAAUACAUAAAUACUACAUAAAAAGAAAGCCACAGGCCUGUAAAUUUUAUUUGUAAAAAAAGCAUUUCUAUUUUUGUACAAAAUUUUUACUGCCUCAGAAAUAAUGGAAGUUAUUUAUUGCCUAUUGUUAACUUAUUGGGUACCUAAAGAGCAGCUCUCUGUGCUAGCCAGAUCCUUCUGAAGUAGUCUCUAGAGGAAUCGUUCUAGGAAUGGGCUUUUUUUCACCGUUGAACCCUAGGCCUCAAGUCCAUGCUUUAUCCUCUCGGUGUCUGUAUCUGUCUGAUGAUUUUGUUCGUAACUGCCAUUAUCUAGUUUACAGUUCAGUCGUCUGACUUUCCCCAUCUGUUACAUUCGUUGAAACUGGACCCUCUCCCCAUCCUUUGCCAGCCCCUCACCCCAAAACGCCCAGAAUCCAUCCCCUCUCCCUCUCCGGAUGGAUUCUCUUGGGUUCCUUUGUGCUGUGGAUAAAGAGUGUAAGAAAUGCAAAUUACGUGGAUGGCUCGUAGACUCCCUAAUGACCUAAAAUUUGCAUUAGUUUUUCUCCUGCACCCUGAAGAGUGAUUUUGUUGCUGCUGCGUAGAUUCUGUGUAACUUUUUACUCUCCCUGUUUUCUCCCUAGACAUCUUCAUGCCCGUUAGUUCACCGUUUGCCUAGCAUGUCCCUGUGGCGUCUCAAAAAAAAAGUUUCAUCGUCCCGUCAUUGUUUCUGAUGUCUUUCUGACCUCACAUCAUAUUCGGUUCUCCUACUGACCUUUGAUCUAGUUUGACCUUUGAAAUUUGCAUGUGACCUCAUCUAGCUAUGAAUUCUGGGAAGUCAAUGUGAAAAACAUUGCUGCAUUCAUGCAAGACUGAAAUUUAUUAUUACACAAAUUAAUAAUAGGAAAAAAACCUGUGGCAAAAAUGUUUCUUUUUUUUUCUUUUCUUUUCAUAAAACAGACUUGAAAGUAUUAUACAGGGAUUGGCAUUCUUCCCGGUCACUGGUAACAAUAGCAAUAUGUGUCCAGGGACACAGAAUGUUGGUUUCUAACAGACUACUUCCAAAAACAGUUUGAGAAAAAAACUGUCUGAUUUUAAGUCUCUAGAGGUCUGUAAUAGUUUUUACAUUUUUCAGGCAGUGUAAAGUUUUUUGAUAAGGCCAUUUUAGGUGGCUCACUUUCUCAUUAAGAUAUAUAUAUAGAACCACUUUUUGUAGAUUAGUAUAAGAAAAAUAUUUACCCUGUUUUGGGGCAAAUGCUACCUAUUUGUGUCACCUUUUGCUGAACUGACUCACAGUUAGACAAUCCAUGGUUUAAUGCACAUGAAAUUACCUAUAUUUUAUACUGUUUCAAUGUACAGGAGAAAGGUUACUGUAAACUGUGUUAACGUUGGUGCUUCUGUGAAUUAAGUUGUGGUUUCAUCAUAAGUCUUAUGGUCUUAAUGUUCUUUGUUGAUAAGACAAGUUUAGAAUUGGUUUACUUAAAACAAAAAAGAAUUUCAAAAAAAAGUUGUUUGCUUACAAAAAAUUUCAUGUGAGGGAAAAAAGAAAACCUAUUCCAGAGUAAGUUUUGUGUUGGCUUGUAAAGCAUUGAUGUCAUUUUUUUUUUUUUGUGGACUAUUUAGGUGUGUUUGUGUUCAGCAAAAUGUGAUUUUUUUUUUCUUUUAAAGAAAAAAAGUGAAAAUAUAUAGUGCCAAAUUCCAAAGGUACUUCCUUCCUAGAGCUUCAGUGUGUUUCUUGUGAGAAGUAAUUUGAUAACAUGGGUAUUUUAUUAUGUGUUUUGUAUAAAUCCCUAAUAUUUAAAAAACAAAAAACAACAAAAAAAAAGAGGUUAAAAAGUUUGUUAACUUGCUAUCCUGUGGUCUUGUUGCCUGAAAUUGUUAUUGUUUGUUAUUUCUCUAUGAUGUUUUUUGUAAGACAUUGUAUAAGUGCCCAUGUCUCACUUUUUUAACCACUCUGAACAUCAAUGCUGUGACGGCAACCUCACAAUGUAUUUUCUUCAUGAUAUAUGGAAACCUCUAAGGUGAGAAAGUUUUGAACUUUUAACCCUUUCUACCCAGCGCUAUCUGGAAUGUUAACUUUUUAUGCUGUCAUCAUUUUCAUUUGUUUUGGGGUGUUUCUAAUUUGGAUUUUUUUCCUGCAUAUAUCUUUGAGUUGUUUCUGUCUUUACUACUACUUUAUCCUUUGGUUGAGAGCCAAAAGAAAGGAAAAAAAUAACACUUUAAAAAGAGUUACUGGAUAAACCUUCUGAGGGGAACAGUAGCUAGUCAAGCACCUAAAUAAACCUUAAAUUCAAUAUGCUUUUGAGAUCAGGUUAGUGGUAUGUUCCAGUUUAGAAUAAUUUCAUAUACCUUCCAGUUAAAUGGCUUUGUGAUGAUGGGGUAGUCUUUUGAGGGAUUUUUGGUUUUCUUACAUAUUCCCAAAUUAAUGUUUCUUAUCAGCCAUUGUGCAGUGGAUACCUCUGAAUAAGCCAGGUGUCUGGAGUUAGAAGUUGACAAUCCUUUUCCCUGCCUUUUUGUUUCUUUUGAAUUGAAUGCAUCUAAAGGGGACUGACCAUCAAAGGCAAACUCAGUUCAUCACAGUUACUGACCAAAUACCUAGCACCCGUUCCUGCUGCCACUUUCUAAAGCGCCAUAUUUCUUUGACUUUCACUUCAUGUGAGCAGGUCUCUUGCUGUCCUGACAAACCCCAAAGUCAUCCCCACAGUCCCAAAACACACUCCUGCCUUUCUGGAAGCUUCUUUGUCUCUCUAAUGGAGUUCAGAAACUGCUGGCUCCAUUUCCUUCCUCCUUUUCCCGCUCACCACCCUGUUUGGUUUAAUAUGUGUGUGGAUGUGAUAGCCCUGGGAUGGAAAGGACUAGCCUCUAAUAAUGAUGCAAAAAAAAAAAAAAAAAAGUUUCCUUCUUAUAGCACAUGCACUUACAAUGAAAUGAUCUGUAUUAUCCUCACACGUGUUUACUACUGCUGGGGCCUUCCUUCAUCCUUCGAGGGCUAUUUUGUACUUCCUGCAGCAAACAGCUGAAUAACAGAGGUUAUCGCACUUGUCUCUCGUGUAGAUGAUAAUAUGGUGGUACACAGAUACAUCCAUAAGAACACAAGACAACACACCAUUUGAAUUUCCUAGACUGUCUCAUUUAGAACCUCUUAGCAAGUAUACAGAAAUCUUAAACCAUUUUUUCCCAUUUCUUCACUGAAGCCAGAAGCGCUCCAGUGCCCUCCUCCCACUGCCUGCAUCUCCCCCAGGGGAGCUGAGUGCACUGACAAGAAGCUCAGGGUGGGCACUUAGAGCUGAGUGUUUAUUCUGCAGGCAACCAAGACAGACUGUCUGUUACAGGGAAAGUCUUUUUUUUGGAGGGGGGGGGGCAUGUUUCAUUGCUAAAAAGAUAACCCUCCUCAAAGACAAGUUGUCCUUUUCUUCACUUUCUCUCUUAAUAUCAAAAGGAAAAAGCUGCAAGGGUGCGAAGGGCCUGUGCCAGAAGAUAAAACAAACACACAGGGAAACUGCUUUUUUAAAAAUCAAGUGUAGACAAUAGUCAUUUUUAAACUAAAUUAGAGAAUUGCGAUCAAAUGGCAGUCCUCAAAGGCGUAACAAGUUCAUCUUUCUUUCACCAUAGGGGUUAUAGUUCUUUGGCUUGUGCUACUCUGGACUCAUUUUACUGUUUCUGUUUUUAUUAUCUUAAGUGCUAAUUAACAAGAAGAAAUAAAAUUUUAAAAAAACCUGUAGUUUCAUUACCUUUUUGAAUAAUGUCAUACAAAAAAAUGUAUUUGUGUUUUUUUGUGCUGUGAGAAUUGUUGUUUGUAGAUUAAUAAUAUCAUUUUGUUUAGAAUUACAAAAUAGUUUUUAAAUAUUGUCUGAGAAAAGCCAAAGUUAAUGCAACCUAGUGGAAAACUGUAAGACCAUUUGAGUAUUGUUUCUGUUUUAUUGAUGCAUUUGGAUUUUGUUGUUUGAUGGAAUUUGAGCCAAAAAAAAAUACGCAGGCUUUCCUAUUUCUACAACUGAUUGUACUUAUGCAUUUUGUACCAGUGGAACUUUUUAUACUGGAGAUUAAAAAAAAAUGGAAAUUUUUGUGGCUUACUCUAGUGGGCCCCCUGACAAUGACUGAUUUCAAGUUUGAUUUCUGGUUGAUAGAAAGAAAGUUGCUUUUCUUUUGAGAAUUAAAAACUUUGGCUUGAUUUCUUUUUUCCCUUUGCUUAUAUCUAGCAUUAGAAUUUUGUCUUAAAAUACAGCGGUAAGUUUCACUUUUUAUUCUGUAUUGUGCAGUUACACAAUAAGGUAAUUAGAUUUAGAAGUACUCAGUCACUUUAAGUGGAUAAAUGUAUUAGUUAAAACUUUAGGGGUUUGCUUUUUUGCUGUUUAGAUCAAAGUUUUUUCUGAUUCUUCUGUCCUCAUUGUGAACAUAACCGUGUAGUUGAAACAGUCAAACUUAUUUUUGUAACGUAUGUUAUUGUGUGAUGCAGUUUUUUGCUUCUGUCUCCAAUAUUAAACCAUUUUCCUAAUA